GCGAGAUUUCCCCCCUCCCAGGAGAAAACCCGAAAGUGGCUGAGAAGCAGAUAGGAAGGACACGAAGACCAGCUGCCUCUCCUUCUCAUCCCCCGUAGCCCCAGCUCAUAAGAAGGGACCAGCUUUCCUUCCUCUGCGCGUCUAAUAGUGGAAAGGGGACCUUUGCGAUACCUGGUGACUAGUGUGGGUUUUGUAGUCUCUCUCUCUCUGAAGCUGCCCCCCCCCGGGCUUUAUUAAACACCUGUAGAGAGGGAAACUACAGGGAAAGCUUAGCUGAAAAUCUGCAAGGAGAUUACCAGGAUGUCGAUCACAAACAGGUCGACCUCUUUUUAUUAUGGUCUUAUCAGAGGGAUGCGGUUGAAAGACGAGAAAGGGUCCGGAGUGGUGGGGGGGGGUGGCAUGCUAAGUGAAGCCUAAGUCCAGGCAGGCGGCAGGGAGCAAAAUCCGCAGCUCGGGAAGGAAGAAAGGAAGUUUGCAAUAUAAUUCUUAGCUGUAGUCUUUUCCCCUUAAAGCUUAGAAUGAUUCCGGGUUGGUGGCUUAGCUUUCACUCGUUCGAUGGCUGCAAUCUUUUGUAGGAUUCAUUUGUACUACCGGAAAAGAAAACUUCAAACUUUCUAGCAAGACGAAGCUCCAGCUAACAUGGAAAGGAGACUUCUGCGUGCUGUAACCAAGAGGGUAGAUGAAUCCAUGGAUGUCUGCUUCUUGGGCCAGGAACAUUUAAUCAGAAUCAGCGAGGAGAGACAUAAACCAGAAGAUUCAAAACCAAUGGAAUUAUAUGGCAAGUCAGCCUGUAAAGAAGAUGAUUGUGGUUUCCAGAACUGGGAGUGGUCAAAGACCUUAGCAAGCCAAGACAGAGCAAAAAACGCCUCAGGAGAGAAAACAAAUAAAGCCAUUCCCUGCAGAGAAGGGAGCCCAGCUCCUUGUGGAACUAAUGUCCAGUUGAGAAUUGACACUGUGGAUAAUGGAUGGAAGAGUGAGAAUGAUGGGAAACAAUCUGAGGAACUGAAAGAAAAUUUUUGGAAUCGAAGUAGACCAAUGGGAGAAGAAGGAAGUUUUGUGGAGAAAAGAGGUGAUAAAUGUAUUACUUCUCAAGGUAGAAGUUUCAGUGAAACCCCAGUUCAGCCUAGCAGCCAAACAGAUAAGAGAUGUAACAAUUGUCUGAAUAUUCACCAGUUAAUCCAUACACAGGGAAAGUCAAAUAAAAACUUCAAAUUUGGGAAGAGUGUGAAUUGGAACCAAAACCUUGCUGAUGGUCAAGCAUUUCUGGAAGACAAGAACCUCUAUCAAUGUUCGGAGUGCGGAAAGGGCUUCGGUCAUAGCUCAAGCCUCCCUUCGCAUCAGAGAAUUCGCAGAGGGGAGAAGCCAUAUAAAUGCCUGGAGUGUGGGAAGAGCUUCAAUUCAAGCACCAGCCUUUCUUCACAUCAAAGGACACACACUGGGGAGAGACCGUUCAGCUGCUUGGAUUGUGGCCUGAGCUUCCGGGACCAUUCAGGCCUUAUUAAACACAAGCGGAUUCACACUGGGGAAAAACCCUACCGUUGCUCAGACUGUGGCUUGAGCGUUAGCACUCAGUCAAGCUUAGUUAGACAUCAGAGAAUCCAUACAGGAGAGAAACCAUAUCGGUGCACGGAAUGUGGGAAAUACUUCGGUCAGAGCACAGACCUUGCUUCACAUAGAAGAACCCACACCGGGGAGAAGCCCUAUAAAUGCUUAGAGUGUGGGAAAAGCUUCAGCCGAAGCACAAGCCUAACUUUACAUCAGAGGAUCCACACCGGGGAGAGACCGUACAGUUGUUUAGACUGCAACAAGAGCUUCUCUGAUCAGUCAAGCUUUAUUAAGCAUGAGAGAAGCCACACAGGAGAGAAGCCGUACAAAUGCCUGGAGUGCGGGAAGAACUUCAGUCGGAGCACCAGCCUUUCUUCGCAUCAAAGGACACACACUGGAGAGAGACCGUUCAGCUGCUUGGAUUGUGGCCUGAGCUUCCGGGACCAUUCAAGCCUUGUGAAACAUAAGCGGAUUCACACUGGGGAAAAGACCUACAGCUGCUCAGACUGUGGCCUGAGUUUUACCACUCAGUCCAGCCUGGUUAGGCAUCAUCGAAUCCACACGGGAGAGAAACCGUAUCCAUGCUCGGAGUGCGGGAAGUACUUUGGACAGAGCACAGAUCUUGUUUCACAUAGAAGGAUUCACACAGGGGAGAAGCCCUAUAAAUGCUUGGAGUGUGGGAAGAGCUUCAGUCGAAACACAAGCCUAACUUUACAUCAGAGGAUACACACCAGGGAGAGACAAUAAAGAUUGCAAUAGGAAAAGCUUUUGUUUUAUCAAGCAGAAGUAAACCUAUGCCGAGAAGAAGUCAUAUUUAUAUGCGCAGAAAGAUCUUCAGAGAACAAGCAUUACUUCAAAGUAUUUAACUUGGACUUUUCACCAAUCUAUGUAGAUUUAAUUGUAUUUUUGAAGGUAGCCUUAUGAAAAAGUUACUUUGUUGGUACUCAUUCUCUUAAGAAAUUUCUGCUGUGGUCAUUCAAAUGUAGAUUAGAAAUAGAUUGGUAAUUCUAACGCGUUGUUUAAAUUGAAAAGCAUGAGUAAUUAAAUUUUACAUUGCUUCCAAAGAACGUUCUUUUUGAACAAAAGGUAGAGUAUAUACCGUAUUUUUCUGAGUAUAAGAGGCACCAGAGUAUAAGACUCAGCUUAGUUUUUGGGGAGGAAAAUAGGGGGUGGAAAAUCUGCCUACCAGGUAUUGAUCUGGCUAGUGUCCUUAGUCUGGUCAGCUUCAGCACAUUAAUUUGCUGGUUUUUUAUUCCCUGCUUGGGGAUAAAAAACAGCUUCUAAGGCACAGCUGAGAGGAAGCAGCAAUGAAGAAAGCAGGCAAAGCACGGGAGAUCGCUUCACUCUGCUAGGGCCCAGUUAGGGCUGAAAAAAAGCUUCUAAAGAACAGCUGAGAGUUGGAGAGUGCUUAACUCGCUAGUGCCUCAUUAAACUACAAUGGAGAGUCCAGGGAGCAGGCAAAGCUGGGAAGAUGGCUUCAUAGUGCCUCGUUAGCACCUCAUUAGCGCUGGAAAAAAAGCUUUGGAAUAUAAGAUGCACCCAAAUUUUUUUUUGGGGGGAAGUGCGUCUUAUACUCUGAAAAAUACAGUACCUGUAAGAAAUGUUUGAAUGCUUUCAGAGCAACCAUCUAAAUUCACAUAAAAUAAUUGUUUGGAGUAAAAUAAACCAUUCCCCCAGCAGUGCCAGUUAUAGCUUUUAUGAGAAGAGAAUGAAAUUAGUCAACCUACAGAAUGAAAAAAGGCAUCCAGAUGCAAUUCCAAGCAAAGGGGAAAGAUACAUUAAAGCGUUAAAGGUCUGUAAUUGAUUACUAGAAAUUUUUAAUACAUUCCUGGAGAUAAGCUAUAUCAGCGGUCUCCAACCUUGACAACCUUAUGACUUGUGGACUUUAACUCCCAGAAUUCCUCAGCCAGCAUGUGCUGGAAUUCUGGGAGUUGAAGUCCACAAGUCAAAGUUGCCAGGGUUGGAAACCCCUGAGCUAUAUAAUGGACUUAACCUCUGAGUAGGUUUGCAUAAAAUUGUGCUGUAAGCCAGUAAAAGGUCAAAGUAGAAAUGCAGAUCAUUGAAAUCGGACUGAGUAUUUCUCAUUAAGGUCUGUCCUAAGUUGAGCCAACGGCAGAAGGGGAAAAGAAACACCGACAAUUAAGAGAAAGAUAAGCAAUGUUGCAAUGAAAAUUCUGAGAUAGGAGAGAUCUUGAGGAAAAAAGUUGGUACUUUAAAUCACAUACUGCAUACUUAUUUAGUUCAGUAAAUAUAGAUAGUCUUUGUUCAGCAAUCACAGCUGAGACCAUCAACUUAGUCAUUAAAUAAAUGGUCAGUGAGUUGACUGCUUAUGACCUUACGUCAGCUUUCCUUUGCUUUAUAGACCUGUGAAGACCAUAAAUUUGAGGACUGGUCCCAAAGUUACUUUUUCAUCACUCAUAACUUUGAGUAGUUGCUAAAGGAGGACUACCUCCGAUGUCAAAGUAUGCAAUACCUGUAAAGUCAUAAAUUUCGUAAAAGAUGUAAAGGACAGGCAUUAGCAAACUGAAGGGUUAGAUUCCUUCUUGAAUAGUAUUGCUGAAAUUGCGUGAUUUAUUAAGAUGUAACAGAACAGUUGGGAAAUUGAUAGUGUUUCUUUUGAGAUUGUUUCAUUCCGGAUUAGCUUAUUUAAUACAAUUUAAAUCAUUGUUUUAAAAAAUGGAAUCACCCAGCGAUUAAAACCCUGCUGUUACACUUUAAUUUACAUCUCUUACUUAACUAUUGGUAAUUGUUUUUUGUAUAUAUAUAUUUAGUUGUGUUUCAAACUGGUCACUAAAAGAAAUUAACUGCCAACUGUUUUACUAUGUCUAAAUAAUAUACUUUAUGUAAUGUUUUAAGGUAUCUUGAUGUGUAUUGAUAUAGGAAAAUAGUACAGCUAGGAAUUAUAUACUAGGAAUAGCCACUUGGUCACCUUUUUUGUUCUGCUUUGCUUGGUCCAGCUUGACUAUCACAGAAGCAUAAAAGUAGCCAACUGACUUUGGUCUAAGAAACUAAUGCUCAGUCUAGAACUUUCAAGACUAAUAAGGUUCACAAAAUCACAUUCGUGGAAUAAAAAAUUGGGGGGGAAUAUCUUGGGGACACUGUGGGGACAAAUUUGCCUGAAUUGUUAACAGCUUCCUUAUUCCUGUCUUGCUUAGGUCUUUAACCAUGAUUAGCUUCUUUAUACUGUAGGCAGGCAAUUCUAGCAAUGAAUUUCUUUCCCACAAUUCUAUCCAACAUUUGGGCAGCCCAACGAGUCAGUAUCCAACUAGUUAACAAGCCAUCCCAGAGGUGUUUCAUCUCCUGGCACAUGAUGUUUGUGUAGCCAUUAUUCCAUUACAGUUAAAAAAGAGGUAGGAAAUUCCAUGAAGAUCUCCUAUUAAUGCCACACCUAGCCAUACCUCACCCAACUACUUCAGUUCAUUAAAAAAACAUGCAUACACCUAAGUAUGCCAAGUGCUUGAGGUAUGCUAUAAAACUCAUUCCAUGCUGGCAUUCUUGAAGUUUGGGGCAGAAAGAUUUAAGAUCACUCAACCUUAGUGGUUUAACUAGAGUAAUAAAAAGGAAUAUCCUGUAGUAGAAACACUAGAUUGACCAAAACUUACCAUUACUAACCAUUGUUGAAAGAGAAAAUAAUGCUUUCUAGUUUGCAAGCUUCCCCGUUACAAUAUCUUCCUGCUAGGGAGCUGCUUAUCACAAAUAACCUUAGGGACUGUUCUUUGCACUUUCGGGUUGUCUAAAAUUUCCAUUGUUGUUAAUCCUCAUCGUAGCCGUCAUUUAAUUGCAACUGAGUUGGAGCUGCUAUAUGUUGAAUAGAAUAGAAUAACAGAGUUAGAAGGAACCUCCUGCUUAGGCAGGAAACCCUACACCACUUCAGACAAAUUGUUAUCCAAUCUCUUAAAAACUUCCAGUGUUGGAGCAUUCACAACUUCUGGAGGCAAGUUGUUCCACUGAUUAAUUGUUCCAACUGGUAGGAAAUUUCUCCUGAUUUUUAAGUUGCUUCUCUCCUUGAUUAGUUUCCACCCAUUGUUUCUUGUUCUACCCUCAGGUGCUUUGGAGAAUAGUUUGACUCCCUUUUCUUUGUGGCAGCCCCUGAGAUAUUGGAACACUGCUAUCAUGUCUCCCAUAGUCCUUCUUUUCAUUAAACUAGACAUACCCAGUUCCUGCAACCGUUUUUCAUGUUUUAGCCUCCAGUCCCCUAAUCAUCUUUGUUGCUCUUCUCUGCAUUCUUUCUAGAGUCUCAACAUCUUUUUUACAUCGUGGCGUCCAAAAGCUGCAGUAUUCCAAGUGUGGCCUUACCCGGGCAUUAUAAAGUGGUAUUAACACUUCACGUGAUCUUGAUUCUAUCCCUCUGUUUAUGCAGCCUAGAACUGUGUUGGCUUUUUUGGCAGCUGCUGCACACUGCUGGCUCAUAUUUAAAUGGUUGUCCACUAGGACUCCCAAGAUCCCUCUCACAGUUACUAUUAUUGAGCAAGGUAUCACAUACACGGUACCUGUGCAUUUUGUUUUUCUUGCCUAAAUGUAGAACCUUACUUUUUUCACCAUUGAAUUUCAUUUUGUUAGAUACCGCCCAAUGUUUAAGUCUGUCAAGAUCCUCUGUAUCUUGAACCUAUGUUCUGGAGUCUUGGCUAUUCCUGCCAGUUUGGAGUCAUUUGCAAAAUUGAUGAGUUCCCCAUCUAUCCUCUCGUCCAAGUCAUUGAUGAAGAUGUUGAAGAGUACUGGGUCUAAAACAGAGCCUUGGGGUAUUCCAUUGCAUACUUCCCUCCAUAUAGAUGCAGUUCCAUUGAGGACCACACUUUGAGUGUGGUUGGUCAGCCAGUUACGAAUCCAUCUGGUGGUGAUGCUGUCUAACCCACAUUUUUCUACUUUAUCUAGUAGUAGGUUAUGGUCUACCAACAGUAUUCCUCUAGUCCAUGUAAAACUAUGUUUGUAGCAGACAGUUAUAUAGCCAGUUAUACUAACUAGCCUGCUCAACAUUUGAGAACUGGCCACAUUUAUCUGAUGAUCCACUAAAGUUUCUGCUCUAAUACACUACUAAUAUUGAUAGCUAUUGUGAAGGUCCCUUGAUUGAAAUAUACACAGAUCUAUCUGCUUUAAGAGGAAUCAUAUGAAGCUUUGGGGUGCCAGUUCCCUAUUUGGAUGACCUCUGUACCUACACCAGUACAAAUGCAUUUUGAGACACUCUUACUUUCUGCCCAAUUAUACAAGUAUACUUGUGUACUAAUCAAGAAAUUUCUAGUUUGAAAAAUGCCAGAGGGAGGAAAGCAUCACUCAUUAGGAAUUAUCUCAGUUGUAGAGACAGAUAUCAUCUUUCAGUGUUAAAUUACAAUGAAGUAGGAUUUAGUUAGGUAUCAGUAAGAAUUUUCUAACAGGAAAAAUUGUUCAACAAUUUUGAACAAUUUGUUCUUCAAAUAGUAGACUCUCAAGAAGUACAUCUGGCCAGACAUCUCAGCUCCACAUGAAUAAUCCAGUCUGGCUAUUGGGGUAAUAGUUGUACCAGUAGCCUGGUAUAAUUUAAAAGUCCACUUUCGAUGCCUCCAUACACAUCCUGACCGGCUGGGAC